AUGAGAGUUAUAUUGCUAGUCCCACUUUCAUUAAGUCUACUAUAUACGAGUGUUUAUGGAAGAAUAGUUAGAUCAAUAAACUAUGGAACAUUGGAACCGCAAUUUUUCCCGGGCACAAUUACAUCACUGAUUCAAACUGCAAGGAAGUUGAUUGGAUCUAAUAUUGAACCUCAGUCUAUUAUUGGUGAAGGAACUGCCCAAAAUAAAGCUGAAGAUUCAGACAAACUAUACAAAAAAGUAGUUUCAGAAUCUAUUUCAGUAUAUCAAAAGGCAAUGAAUGAUGCAAGUACAAAUAAAUUGAGACAAAAGGAUGCAGUUAACCAAAUUCCACCAUUUAUCAAUCCUAGACCCCCAGCAUGCUCAGUGCUACUGACUACAGAACUGGGAUUGGCACUUGACGCCAUAAAUAUAUUUGAUGUCGACUUACUAACAGCAAAGAUAACAAAAGAUGCACUUAUUUUUAUGACGGACCCACAAGACUCAUUCACUACUGUCCGCAGCUUUGCACUCGAUAAAAUCGAAGUACCUUUAGAAUCAAUACAAAACAGUAGAAAAUGUUUCAGAAUGUACUUUGACACUGAACCAAUUGUUAUCUGCGCAAAAUCUGAUGCUCAACGUAAUGAAGUAAUGAACAAAUUGACUGAAGCUGUAUUCUGUAUAAAUAGUGGAAUUACUUUAACACAAUCAAUUGGUAAAGUUGUUGAUACAGGAUUCGCAGAUACAGCAAUAGGGAUGCCACCAUUUACAACGAAAGAUAUAAGAUGGAUUGAACAAAUUGCAAUGAGACAAUUGCAGUAUGCUGGAAAAGUUCAAUCUAAUGUCCUUAACUGGCUUAAAUCAAGGGGAACUCAGCAUGUUGUCGUUAAGAAUCCAUUAGGAGCUAACCCAAUUAUUACUGUGAAUGGUGAAAAGAUGGUGUAG